GAAGUCAGAUUGUGUUCGUCCAUCCAUCUAUUAUUUCACGGAUUUCACGCAAGCUUGUUGAUUCCACGGAACGGUAAACUUUCAAAAUGUUCUUUGAAGACGGUAAUUUGAGGUUUCAGAUUUCAGGAGUCAUGAUAUGACAUGAUACUUAUUGUCUCCUCUCCUCUUUCGUCUGAAAUGCGUACUGCGUUUAAUAAGCACAGAUAUGAACGCCAAUGACACGCUGACAGAGGCACAGAAGAAAUUGAUCGAAGAGAACCGUCGCAAGGCUCUUGAAAAGCGGGCGGAACGACUAAAGGCGAGCGCAUCACAAGCAGCAACCGCCGCUCCGUCUAAAAAUUACGUUCAUGCUCCAUCUCAGACUGCAACCACAUAUAACGGUCAAACAAGCAAAACGUCCACCUUUUACCAUCAAGGACAAAACCAGCCUCAGUGGGGCACUCAAAACUCGCCUCGGUUAUCGGGUCAGAGCCGAGCAUGGCCAUGCCAACAAGACGGCACCUUCAAAGCCGGUGCCACCAGCUCAUUGCCGGCAAAGAUCGUCAACGGUUCGUGCAUCAUUGUCUCCCCAAGCAGAUUUGUGGUGGACGUACCGUAUCACCAACAGAUGAUCGAAAUAUUUAAGACCAUUUCUUCGCGCAACUAUGACGCCGUUCAGAAAAGGUGGAGCUUUGCUUUGAGUAGCCACAACGAGCUGGUGCAGAAACUGAAGCCUCUGCGUCCUAACGUGCUUGUGGCAGAGAUUCCAUCCCACGUCUUGAAGGUAUUUGAGGCAGCACCGACGGAGGAAUAUGAAGUCAGCCUGAGUGGAAUCGACUGCAAGCUCGAACAAGCCUUGCUCCCAUUUCAAAAAGAAGGGGUGUGCACAGCGAUCAGACGCAACGGACGACUCCUGAUUGCAGAUGACAUGGGGCUCGGCAAGACAAUCCAGAGCAUAGCCGUGGCUUGCUACUUCAGGGAAGAAUGGCCUGUGCUCGUGGUGGCCCCAUCUUCCGUCAGGUUCACGUGGAAGGAAGCCUUCUUGCAUUGGAUGCCGUCCCUCAGGGACGACCAAGUGACGGUAUUGGUGACGGGUUCCGACAAGGUCGACAAGGACCAUCAGGUCGUCAUCACGAGUUAUGACCUGCUGUCACGGAAGGUGGACGAUAUCCGUGGCAAGUUCCAGGUUGUCAUUCUGGACGAGAGCCACUUCAUCAAGAGCCACAAGGCAGCUCGCACCAAGGCUUGCCAGAAGGUCAUUGCAAAGGCCAAACGUGUCCUGCUACUUACCGGGACGCCUGCCCUCUCGAGACCCAUUGAGCUGUACACCCAGAUUUGUGCCGUGCGGCCCAAGUGCUUUCCUAGCAUCCAGGAGUAUGGGAUCCGGUACUGCAACGGCAAGGUGACCCAGUGGGGGUGGGACUACUCAGGCUCGUCGAACAUGCAAGAACUCCAGCUGCUCUUGGAAAAGAGCGUCAUGAUCCGCAGACUCAAAUCAGACGUUCUAUCCCAGCUGCCCGCCAAGCAGAGACAAGUGGUUGUCCUGGAUCCAUUGACCAUCAAGACCACUGACAAGGUCCUCCAACACAUGGCAAAGGAAAUGCAGAAUGAGAGCAUCCAAGGGAUGCAGCGGAGGGGAGUUCUUCUCACAUACUUCCGUGAGACCGGACUCCACAAGUGCAAGGCCAUCUGCAAAUACCUCGAAGACCUGCUCGAAAGCGACCAGAAGUUUUUGUGCUUCGCGCACCAUCAGGUGGUCAUCGAUGCAGUGUGCGAGCUCCUGGACAAAAAGUCGUGUAGCCACAUCCGCAUCGACGGCAAGACGUCUCCGGAACUCCGCAAGAUGCUCUGUGACAAGUUCCAGUACAACGACAUGUGCAAAGUCGCCGUCCUCAGCAUCACGGCGGCCAACGCCGGCAUCACGCUGAGUUCAGCCAGCCUCGUUGUGUUUGCGGAGCUAUUCUGGAAUCCCGGGAUUCUGACGCAAGCGGAGGACAGGGUGCAUAGGAUAGGGCAGCAGAACUGUGUGAUGGUGCAGUACCUCGUGGCAAAAGGAACGGCCGACGAUUACAUCUGGCCGUUGGUGCGGAAUAAGCUCGAUACGUUGAGCAAGGCAGGGCUAAGCAAGGAUAACUUUUACGAUGUGGAUCUCAAGACAUGUGCAGACUCCAAGCAGAAAACCCUGGACGAAUGGUUCGGUCUGGAAGACGGCGAAUCCUGGAUGGAUCUUUUGGAACAGGAUGACAAGGAGUGCGUGGCAAAAUCAGAUGAUGAGUGCGGUGCAGUGAAGAAGCCCAAAGUGGGGUGAGGCCCUGUAUGUUGUGGUGCAUGAGGGGAGAGCAAUUUCGAUCACCUUUUUGAUGAAACGUUUUCUAUAACCUUAAUAAAACCUUUUUAUCGGUUA